AUGGCUGAGAAAUUAGAGGACCUGAAUCUGCCACUUACAGUCGUCGGAAGAAUAGUUAAAGAGGUUCUACCCGAGGGCGUUUCUAUUUCAAAGGAGGCCCGGACAGGUUUAGCAAAAGCUGCAUCUGUUUUCGUGCUAUACGUGACAUCAGCUGCAACGAACACAGUAAAACAUCAUAAACGAAAAGCUUUAACAGGUCAAGAUGUCCUGGAGGCCAUGGCUGAUAUCGAAUUUGAACGGUUUGUCGAACCACUACGAGAGGCCUUAGAACAGUAUAAAUUAGCCGUUUCUGCAAAGAAAUCUGCCGGCAAGAAGAAAGAAGACGACGACGUAGAGAUGGUAGAAGAGGAUGGUUAA